UUCUGACAUUCCCAGUUUCUUUCAUCUUCCCAAAAAAGGGGGCAAACCCCUGUUCCGGCACAGAUUUGCUCAAAAUUCGAUCACUUUUCUUCCAAAUUUCAAUUCAAAUUCCUAACCCUUUCGUGACAACCAAUGGCGGUUAAGGAACCGGUGAUUUUCACAGAGAAAGAUGAGAUGAGGAAAUGGUCAAGAAGCAUGAGAUCCCAGGGGAAGACGAUAGGGCUGGUGCCCACCAUGGGUUACCUUCACCAGGGCCACUUGUCGCUCGUUGAAGAAGCACACAAGCACGCCGAGGUCGUUGUCGUCUCCAUAUAUGUGAACCCAGGACAGUUCUCUCCCUCCGAGGACCUUUCCACCUACCCAUCUGAUUUUCACGGUGACAUACUCAAGCUCAAGUCUGUUCCUCGGGGUGUUGAUGCUGUUUUUGCUCCCAAGAAUCUUUAUGACUAUAGGGAAAAUAAGAAGAGUGAGAUUAUGUUAAUAUGGAAAAUAAGAAUUCUUACAAGAAAGGGGUGGUUCCAUGUGUGGAGGAGAGGUGAAUGGGGCACGAAACAAGGGUUGGAGUUGAGAGAUUGGAGAGAGGAUAUAUUGUGUGGGAAAAAUAGGCCUGUGUUCUUUAGAGGGGUUGCCACUAUUGUCACCAAGUUGUUCAAUAUUGUGGAGCCUGAUGUUGCUGUAUUUGGGAAGAAGGAUUACCACCAGUGGCGGAUUAUUCAACGAAUGGUUAGAGAUCUAGAUUUUGGCAUAGAAAUUGUGGGGUCUGAUAUUGUGCGCGAUAGUGAUGGUCUUGCAUUGAGUUCGCGAAAUGUCCAUCUUUCCCCGGAAGAAAGGGAAAAGGCAUUAUCCAUAAGCAGGUCAUUGUUGAAAGCUAAAUCUGAUGCAAAAAUAGGUCUUGUUAAUUGUAAAGAAUUGACAGAUACAGUCGUACAAACAAUUACUCAAGCUGGGGGAAGAAUUGAUUAUGCUGAGAUUGUGGAGCAGGAGAGUUUGGAGGCAGUGGAAGAGAUCAAGAACCCUGUUGCGUUCUGCAUUGCUGCAUGGUUUGGAAAGGUUAGGCUGAUUGAUAACAUAGAAAUCAGCAUAUGAAACAGUGCCUCCAUUGAUUUACUUUUCAAGCCGUAAGAGGACCUAACUGUUUUUCUGAGCUUCAUACUUCCUUUGCAACUCUUUCUUUUUAUUUCCCCCCCUUCUUUUUUUCCUUAUUGGACAAAGGCAUGCAUGUGUCACUGGAAACAGACGCUGGGAGAGCCAAUGCUAACCAUGCAAAUUCUUUGUGAGAGGAUUGACCUGAAGUUUUCACAAGGACUAGGAUGCAUGAAAGUAACUGAAUAAAUCCAACCUUUUGUGAUUAGUUGUAGCAGCAUAAACUACAAGAGCAGUUUAAAUUGUAUACCUUUUUUUUUUCUUUUGGGUUAAUGGCAGCAUGAUUUGAAUUAUGGAAAAUUGCAAAUGUCUGUGUCAU